AAACAGGCAGUCACACGGCACAGAGAGCCACGGGUUGGUGUUUUGUUUUUUCAGUUCCUGGACGCGGAGAAAACCGUGUGAAGUUACUUCUGAUUUACAGAAAGUCAUUCAAACACACAGCGGGUAGAGUCCGAUGGUGUUGCAGGAAGAUUUCCCGAUGAUUGAAGUAUCGAUACCUUCGAUGGAGCGGGAAGUGGAGGAGUCGGGGAAGUCCAGAAAGCUUUUCAGAGUUGAAGUUUUGUUUAACGGGAGGAAACAUUUCGUGCUCAGAAGAAGCAGCGAGUUCCAGUCUCUCCAUAGAAAACUCAGGAAAAUAAUCCAGACUCCAGAUUUCCCGAGCAAAAGGAACCAGCACCUGAGGACCAAACCUCUGGAGCAGAGGAGGCAGGAGCUAGAAGACUACAUCCAGGACAUCAUUUAUCAAAAUGAAGACGUGCCGCAGGUGCUGCUGGACUUCCUCCACCUGAAACACUUUCACUCAGGGCACAAGAUCAGCAGCAUGGAAUCACUUGAUGAGUUGGACAGUCAGGACUUCAGUUAUCCGCUAGCUAAUCAGCAAGUGUUGGGGUUCUUUCGGGAUCCUUAUCUCUCUGACUGCACAUCAGAUCUCCCAGAUGUUGUUGUGGACGGAGUUCUUCAGGGUUUUUAUUCUCGGGACAUCCGAGUCAGCUUCACCGCCCCCAUUCUCACAGAGCCAGACCCCGCCACCUCUAUAGAGGCCUGAAAUUUAAAGUUAGUUGUUAUGUUUUAAAAUAGAAAAUACAGUCAAAUACACAAUGCCAGCGCUAAAGAAGAAAAACAGCCUGAAAUAGGUCACUUGGAGGAUGCUUUUGUCCAAAAUCAGCUGCCCCAGUGGGACUGAAACUUAAAACCCAGGCUUUGUUGUUCUGAUUCUCCACCUGUUGUAUUUUUGAGCCUUUUCACGGCCUUCUGGGAAUCUCAUAUUUAGACUAAACAUCAAAAUUCAACUUGAAACUUUUAUUUGUUUGCAGAGGUAGUCACUCAAUAUAUGUCUCUACCUUUUUAGUCAGUUUAAGUAGCACAUAGACAUUUUUUAAUCACGACGUGACAGGUGUGUCUUUUAUUCAUUUUAAUACUGUCACUACUUUUAAUUAAAAAAGCAUGUGGGAGUGAAGAAAUUUACUUGAAAAACAGAUAGUAAUAACAUUUUGUUAUUAUUAAUGAUAAUGUUUAAUUAAUAUUUAAUUAGAAAAACAAAAAUGCUAGACAAAUAAAUGAAAAAAAUAGGAAUAGUUUGAAAGUCAUAUAACAUGGGGCAAAAGGAUCUACACAUAAUAAAGAGUUAAAUAAGUAAAAUAAAAUAAAUAAAACAAUCAAUGAAAUAAAAGUUAAGGGAAUGCCGUUGUGCAUAAAAGAUUUUAAGAACUGAUGUACAGAUUAAAAGUGAGGUCAAAUAGGGUUUAGUUUUUUAACAUCUUCUUGUUUACAUUUUUGUCAAAGUUUGUCACAGUUGAUACAAAUAGGACAAAAAAAUAGAAGUGACUUUCAUACAUUUGUAGUAUUUUGAGUUUAUUGAGGCUAAUAUAAAUUUCAGGAGUUGGGUCAAACACAAUUGGCCUAUGAUGCCAGCAGCCAGAUACUGAUACACACUGUAUUUUGAAGCAAUUUAUUGAGUGUAUACAAAGUUUAAUGUGUGCUUUUGUAUCAUGUAGUUUAUAUUGAAAUUAUAAUAAAGAAUCAAACCCA